AUGGAAUUUAGCUUUAACCCCACCCAAGAAUCAAACAACCCGCUCAAAGACUUCGGGCGCAAUUUAACCGACGAAGCGGCCCGCGGUAAACUUGACCCGGUCAUCGGUCGCGACGACGAAAUUCGUCGCAUCAUCCGCAUCUUGUCCCGUAAAACCAAAAAUAACCCCGUCUUAGUCGGCGAGCCAGGCGUGGGUAAAACGGCUAUUGCCGAAGGUUUGGCCCAAAAAAUUCUCAGCGGCGAUGUGCCCGAGAACUUAAAGGACAAGGAAGUGAUAGAGAUUGACAUUCCGGCUUUGAUCGCGGGCGCCUCUUUCCAAGGUCAGUUUGAGAAAAGACUAAAGUCGCUCAUGAAGGAAAUUAAGGAAGCCCAGGGCAACUUAAUUCUUUUCAUUGACGAAAUCCACAUGAUCGUGGGAACGGGUAAAAACGCUCAAGGCGGCAUGGACGCGGCUCAAAUCAUUAAACCGAUGCUAGCACGCGGGGAAAUGCGUCUGAUCGGAGCGACCACGCUUGACGAGCACCGCAAGUACAUUGAGCAAGACCCAGCCCUCGAACGCAGACUCCAAAAAGUUUACAUCGCCGAACCUUCCGAAGAAGAAACGGUGACCAUCUUGCGGGGACUGAAAGACCGAUUUGAGUCUUACCACGGGGUGCGAAUCCACGACAACGCCUUGGUCACGGCCGUCAAACUAUCUAGUCGUUACAUCUCCGACCGCUUUUUACCCGACAAAGCGAUCGAUCUAGUUGACGAAGCAGCGGCGGCGAUUCAAACCGAAAUGAACUCCAAACCCGAGGACCUUGAAAAAGUCGAGCAGCGUUUAGCCAUGCUAGAGAUGGAGAAAGUCGCCCUUUCGAGCGAAAAAGAUCCUAAGUCGCGCGAAAGACUGAGCGAGAUCAAAGACCGAAUCGGCGAAACCGAAAAAGAGGUCAAAGCACUCCGCAGUGCCUGGAACCGGGAGAAAGAAAUUCUCCGUGACAUCGGUAAGUACAAGGAAAAAGUCGAGCAGCUCAAAGUUCAGCAGCAACGCUACCAGGCUGAGGGCGAGUUUGAAAAAGCUUCGAUCUUGCUCUACAAGGAAAUUCCUGACUGGGAGAAAAAACUUCAAAAAGCCGAGGAACAAGCUGGUCAGCGCGAAAACUCAAUGAUUAAGGAAGACGUUGACGAGGAAGAGAUCGCCAACGUGGUCGCUAAGUGAACGGGAAUUCCGAUCACCAAACUGCUCCAAGGUCAACGCGAAAAACUGCUCACUUUGGAAAAACACCUCGCCCAGCGCAUCAAAGGUCAAACUAACGCGCUUAAGUUAGUUAACGACGCAAUUUUACGUUCACGAGCCAACAUCAACGAUCCGAAUAAACCGAUCGGUUCGUUUAUCUUCAUGGGUCCGACCGGGGUCGGUAAAACCGAGGUCGCCCGGGCGCUCGCUUACGAACUUUUUGACAGCGAAAAAAGCAUGAUCCGCCUAGACAUGUCCGAGUACAUGGAAAAACACGCCGUCUCACGUCUAAUCGGUGCUCCGCCGGGGUACAUCGGCUUUGACCAGGGCGGGCAACUAACCGAAGCGGUUCGGCUAAGACCUUACUCGCUGAUUUUGCUCGAUGAAAUUGAAAAAGCGCACCCCGAAGUGCUCAACAUCUUGCUGCAAGUGCUUGACGACGGACGACUGACCGAUGGCAAAGGCAAAGUGGUUGACUUUAAAAACACGAUCGUGAUCAUGACAACCAACAUCGGCUCGCUUGACAUUUUGGAAGGCAAGAAAAACGAGCAAGUUACCAAACUGCUCUACAAAUUUCUCAGACCCGAGUUCAUUAACCGCGUCGAUGAAAUCGUCGUCUUCAACGCUUUGGACGAGGAAGCGGUUCGUCAAAUCACCGUCGUCGAACUUGAGAAGUUAACUCGCCGUCUGUCCGACCGCAACAUCUUGCUUGAGUUUGACGAGGGGGUGGUUGAUAAAAUCGCCAGCGAAGGUUACGAUCCGCUUUUUGGAGCCAGACCAAUCAAGCGUUACAUCGUUAAAAACUUAGAGUCAGAUUUAGCGCGACGAAUCAUUAGCAACGAAAUUAAAGAGCACACCCAGUACGUAGUUAAGUCGCUUAACAGCGAAUUUGUCUUCGACGAAAAACGUCUUAACUAA